GUUUGGUUGAAUGAGACUGGAUUAAACAAAUUCGGGAGAAAGGACUGCCAACAUGGAACCUGAUGUAAUUUUGACACAAACUAUUAAAGGCAAACUGACAAAUUUUUUAGAGCACACAGAUUCAUCGAAACAAUCCAAGGAAAUUCGUGAUUUAAUAGAAAAAGAUGCUGGAAUCAUUCCAUUCAGAUUGAUCAAAUAUGUAUUUGACAGGCAUCAGAGUAAAGAUGCAGGAAAGAAAAAAGAAUACCUAAAUGAAUGGUUGGAAGGAAGCACACUGCAUUUACCAGCUUAUGAACCACCACCAAGGAACCCAGAGCUGGAAGCUCGAAUACAACGCUUAAAAGCUGAACAAGCAAACCGAGAGUACAAAGAGAUGGUCAGGAGUGUAGAUAAAGAACAGAAAUUAGAUACAGACUCAUUUGGAAAAGAAGUAAAAGCCAUGAACUCUCACAUUUUAUCGUUCAUCAACUUUGUGGUGACUGUGGGGGGAGCUUUUGCCUUUGGAUACAAGGCGACAGAAUACACAUUCAGUGGAAACAAUGCAUUUUUGGCACAAAUGAUGACAGGGCUACUAUUUGCUUCAGUGGUGUUCUGUGCCGACCUUUACUUUCUGAUCAGAGAAGCUUCUUGACAAAUCGAAAAUUUUGUGUUUAUGUAACAUUUGUAUCUCAUUUAAUAUAUGUAAAUAAUAUAAAAUAUGUACUGUAAUCAAUGUGGUAUUAUAUAGUGGUAGUUAGUGAUAGAAUGACUGGUCAUUGUGUUGAGAGAGAGAGAGAGAGAGAGAGAGAGAGAGAGCACAAUUUUGUAACCUUUUAUUAAAAAUGCACAGUAAAAUCUAUUUCCAAAAAAAAAUGAAAUAGUGACUGUAGUGUAUAGUAAUUCAUCUGUUGGGAUUGUAUCCUUCAUGCAUCUUGUUUUGCAACAAAAUUAGCUUGCCAUUAAAUGUUGAUCACAGUAUCAAUGGAAGUUUGAAUCCCUUAUUUUGAAGUUAACCAUGAUGAAUUGAAUAUACACUGUCAAACCAUACAUUUCCACUCAAGAAAGGACCGCUAAAUAAUGUUGCCAUUUACAGGCAAGUCAUGAACACAAUUUUAAGAGAAUGAUUUUUGAAGUGAACAAAAAAAAAUAGAAUUUUAUCUAGUCAGGGGUUUAAUUUCCAAACAGUUAUUUUCAACCCUUAAUGUACUUCAUGAUUGUGAUAUAAUUAUGGUAUUUAUGCAGACUUACAUGUGUGUAUCUUAAAUAAUACAUAUUAGAAAAAUAAAAACAUUAAAUUU